GUGAGAGUGAGAGUGCAAGUCGGUGAUUUGGUGCCCUACUGACUGUGUUCACGAGGUCCUGCCGUCUCUGAUUUUUUGGCACGGUGUCGUCGCUGUCAAACCCCCCUCCCCCCCUCUCACUCACUUUUGUCCCGGUGUCGAGCGGCCUUCUCCCGGUUCGCUUUGGGGCUGGUGUGAGCAACGGUUUAGGACCCGGCACCCGCCGCACCGGCAGUCCCUCCCCUCUCAAGCCAAGGAGGCGCCCUUGCUCCUGGUCACCAAACCCCGUCCCUCCGUCCCCCCCGUCCCCUCCCUCCUCCCUCCUCCCUCCUCCCCCGGCCGAGAUGGCCCCUUACGCACCCGAGGGGUGGCUGGACGGGAUCCGGGAACCACGCCGUCCCCAGCCGCUGGCUCACAUUCGCAGUCCCGAGGAGCUUGACCGCUUGCGACAGCAUCGGGACCGGCACCGCAGCCGCCGCUCCGAAAUACUCGGGGGGCGCAACGGCCUGGACGGCGACGUCGCCGAGGUGCGCCUGGUGAGCGACAUCAUCGAGGACCACCCGGACCGCCCGGUCAACAUCAACUUCAACUACGGCCCCGUGCACAUCUACCAGACCUGCACAUGCCCCGUGGGCGGCGUACACACUUGCAUCCCCCUGGACCUUACCAAUAGCAGCAGCAGCAGCGGCGGCGGCAGCAACACUCCUAUCCGGCGGAGAACCAUCAGCUACCCGGACCCCUACCCCCCCGCGCCGUCGCCUCCCUCCCCUGCGCCCCGCCGGGGACCUCCUCCCCCCAGGGGCCGCCCACCAUCAACACCACCUCCCCCCCGGACUGCUCCUCCACGACCAUCCCAACCACCACCACCCCUCCGCUCGAUCCUCCGCAACCGCAACCCGGCACCCCCGGAACCGGCGGGCUUGGGGAGGAGGGAAGUGACCGUCAUCGUCCCCUCGCCGUCCUCCCCCUCGUCGACGACCACCACCACCACCACCACCACUUCCUCGGGUUCCUCGGGUUCCUCUUCCGACCUAGACGACCCGCCGCCGAUCCGGUCGCGACCCCGACCCCGGCCCCGGCUGCCGCAACCGGGAGGGGGAGGAGCGAGCGCCGCGACCAUCACCACCAUCGGCGUCGGCGUCUGCGAAGGGUGCCGGGCGCGGCGCCGCGUCCUCGGCCUCGGCCGGGACGGGUACUGCGCCGAGUGCGAGGCGGAGCGCGAGUGCGGUGGCGGUGGCGGGCUGAGGGCCGGGAGGAUGCCGGCCGGGGCGGGGGCGGGGGCGUGGACCGGCGCGGUUGGUCGUGGUGGUGGUGGUCGUCGUGGUCGUGGUGGUGGUGUCGAAGGCGUGCGGUAUGUCUCUUUCGACAGGAGAGAGGAGGAAGAGGAGGCGGCAGCUGCUGCGGCAGCGGCAGCGGCCGCGGCCGCGAGGCGGGAGAGGAGGGAGUGGGAGCGGCUGCGCGAGCAGGAGCGGGAGAUCGAGCUGGAGAUGGAAAUGCUCGAGAGGGAGCGGGAGCGGGAGCGGGAGCAGCGCCGAGAGAGGGAGCUGCUGAGGGAGGCCGGGAGGAGGGGGCCCGUCAGGUGGGAGCGGGCAUCGGCCGUGAAGGGUGGAGGGAGCGAUCGGCGGUACUACUAUCCGGGCGAAGGGCCCGCGUACUAUAGCGACUCUGAGGGGGGGAGUGGGUGGUGAAGAAAAUAAAAGGGAAAAAAAAAAAGAAGUUGAUCCCUGUGGAACUGUUAUACUGCGAGCGCCGGGACGGUUUCAUAGUGGCUUAUGAGCGUUACGACGGACGGGCUACGAUCGACGAAGUCACGGUGUCACAUGGGUUAGUAUGACUUUAUGAUACGGAAGAUUCGUAUAUUAGCAUGAUAGGAAAGCAUUGAUAGGUACGAGGGGAUUCAAGAGAGUUAACGGGAGUUGGACGUGGAUUUAUACAGCAUUCGAUGAAAAGGGGUUAGGCAAUGGACAAUUACACAUUUUGAGCUUGG